CACAAGUGAACUGUUUAAAAGCAAGGUAAAUCGAACAGUUAUGAAUGACUCUGACUUCUACAACGAAUCUGAUUAUGAGUACAAUUGUACUCCUCCUUUCUGUGAAGAUGUGGAGGUUUGUGACAUGAGUUGGUACCAUCAACAAGAAGUGACCAUUCAGUCAUACAUCUACUCUCUGAUAUGUGCACUCGGUCUGGUGGGCAACAUUUUGGUGCUCCUCACAUAUGCAUUUUACAAGAAAGCAAAAACCAUGACGGACGUCUACCUGGUCAACGUGGCAUUGGCAGACCUUCUCUUCAUAAUCGCCCUUCCAUUGAUCAUCUACAACGAACAGCAUGACUGGUACAUGGGCACAUGGGCCUGCAAGUUAUUGAGAGGAGUCUAUAGCAUCAACCUGUACAGCAGUACGCUCCUUUUAGCAUGCAUCAGCGGUGAUCGCUAUAUCGCCAUCGUCCAGGCCAGACGCUCUAUCCAGAUUCGAUCACAAGCUCAGAUGUAUAGCUGUCUCUUUUGCUCAAUAAUAUGGCUACUUGCUUUUAUCUUGUCUCUGCCGACGUUCAUAUAUUAUGAGCAGUACCAGGAAAACCAUAUCACUGAAUGCAUCCCUAAUUUUGAGAGGAAUGAUAUGGCUAAACUGAUGAAGGUCCUGGUGCCCAGCAUGCAGAUGUUAGUAGGCUUUGUGGUUCCAUUGAUGGUCAUGACAUUUUGCUACUCUUGCAUCAUGGUGACUCUGCUCAAAGCAAGGAACUUCCAGAAGCACAAAGCGAUACGAGUGGUCCUCAUGGUGGUUUUCGUGUUUGUCCUAUGCCAUCUGCCGUACAACGUGGCGCUCCUAGUCCACACCAGUAAAUUGUUCACGCACAGAGAAUGCAAGAAAGAGCAAGACACCCUGCUGACUUUGUCUAUAAGUAGGUGUUUGGCCUACCUUCACUGCUGUCUGAACCCCAUCCUCUACGCCUUCAUCGGGGUGAAAUUCAGGAGCCAUUUUUGUCAAAUCUUGCAGGACUUGCGGUGUCUGGGGAAAAGGUACAUCUACUCUGGACGCUCCUCUCAGCAGACCUCAGAGUUGUACAUACCAGCAGCCAAAACCGUGGUUGGAAACAAUCGUGAAAACCCAUCGUCAUUUACAAUGUAAGCUUUUGAGUUAUUGGUGUAUAUAGUGUAAUGUUGUUUUCAAUUUUGGUUGCCAACAUCACACGGAUAGGGGAAGUCUGAGAAUUUUGAGUGCUUCAAUAUAGAACGAGUCAGAGGGCUGUGGGGUUGGGUCUUUCUUGAGCAUUUCAGUAUGGGACACAACACCUUUUCCGUUUGAAGCGCCUACAUUUCUGACUAAAAACUACAUGUCCCGGCUAAUAAUGGACAGUUGGCAAUCCUAUUUCCAGAGCAGUUUUUCUCAAAAGUUCAGACAUUUUGUGUA